AUGAAGCUCAUCGCUAUCGUCUGCACCCUCAUGGCCGCUGCCGCCGUCAGCGCUUCCACCAUCGAGGCCCGUGACACCUGCGGUGCCGGCUACGGCGGUGAUCAGCGCCGCACCAACAGCCCUUGUGCCGCCUCCAACGGCGAUAGGCACUUCUGCGGUUGCGAUCGCACCGGCGUUGUCGAGUGCAAGGGCGGCAAGUGGACUGAGGUCAAGGACUGCGGCCGCGGCACCUGCCACGGUGGCAACCAGGGCGCUGCCCAGUGCUAG